AUGUAUGCGCAAUUCCAAAAAUCCUACUAUUAUCGUGAGCAAAGUGAACCAUGCUUUUAUCCUAUAGAUUUCAAACAAGAUGCUCCUCUGGUAGUUAUUGAUUGUUCUCGGCAAGGUGAAGACAUCCUAAAAGGUGGUGCUGUUGAUAUUCGUGUAGAAUUUGAAACAAAAAAAGCGGUUCAAGCAAAUACCACAGCUCACUGCUUGAUUCUCCACGAUCGACUUGUAAAAUACAAUCCAUUGACCAGCACAGUGCGUGUUAUUUAG